AUGGAUAGCCUGAAAAGUACACUUCUGGUGGAGCUAUUGUCGACCGAUCAAGCCAAGCUCGUCAGCUACAUUGUGGCCACCUACUUCCUAGAAGUGUACACCAUCUGCCGAAUCCUCAAUCAAACGGCAUACUCCCUGAAGUCUCCUCUGGAUAUCCUAUCGGAACGACCCGUCGCAGUAGUUAGACCGCAAAAUACCGCUGACAUUACCGCCAACCCGUUAGUUCAAGCGAUCGAACUGGGCUGUGCCGUGUUCCUGGUGGAUGAAGACACCACGCCAUAUUUCCUAGACCACUACAUAUCACUGCACGAUGAAAUUCUAUUCCGAAGACCGGAAAAAUACGUCCUAGUAACGGUUCAAUCUACCGGAGCGGCACAGACGGAGCUGCUGCAAGCUAUUCAACAUCAUUCGUCGCUACAGGAGAUUGCAAAUUUGCUCCUGGUGGUUCCACAUGGAGACGUUUUUCAACUGAUCACCCAUCGCUACGUUGGUAACGGUCCCGAUUCCUUGGAUUGGAUUCUUCUGGACACGUACAAUCCCGAAAAUGGUUCUUUCGUGGAGGAUUCCAACCUAUUCCCGGAUAAAAUGAGCAAUCUGAUGGGUAAGACGUUGAAGGUAGCAACAUUCUACCUACUUCCGUGGUCCAUGAUGCGCCAAACGGAUGAGGGAAUCGUUCGAUAUCUUAACCAAUCGUAUACGAUCGACGGGCUGGAUGGAUACAUCUUGGUACAGUUUUGCUUGUGGUACAACUGCACCUGGGAUUUGUACGUCGAUCAGGAGAACCAAUAUGGCCAGGUGUUUCCGAACCGAACCGGCAAUGGAAUGAUAGGAGCGUUGGUAGAACGUAAGGUAGACUUCGCAAUCGGGGCCGUUGGAGGUUGGUAUCAACUCUUCAAAUACUUCAGCUUCUCUAAUCCGGUUCAAUGGAUCGGAAUCACGUGUCUUGCACCAAGGCCUGGGUUGAUCGAAUACUGGCGAAUCGUUUUUAUGAUGUUCUCGGACAAAGUUUGGGGAAUUUUGAUUGCUACAUUUAUUCUGAUUUCCAUAAUGCAGUACCUUGUACCCCCUCGGAAUUUACCUGAGCGGCAUACUCGACGAAGCCUAUCGUGGGUAGUGAUGAAUCUGCUAGGCGCUUUCCUGCUGCUACCGUCAGACCUCCGACGGGAUCGUUUAUCCGACGUUAUUCUCUCAACUACUCUCUCCGUGUUUACCAUUACCGUUGCCUACGUCUACGUUGGACAAAUUCACAGCAUUCUCGCAAUCCCCGUAUAUGAGCCUCCCAUAGACACAAUCGUAGAUCUAGCCGUCAGUGGAAUUACUUGGAACGCUCCCCAUGAAGCCUGGAUGUACGCCCUGGUUGGAACAGAAAAUCCAAACGUUCAGAAAGUUCUUACAACCUUCCAGGUGCCCCGGAUCGAGAAUUUCCAGAGCAUUGCGGACCAAGGCGACCAAGCCAUCAUCAUGGCAUUGCUCAACUACGGCCACUCGAUGGUCGGAACCUGGUUCGAUGGGAAAAACAUUGAAAACUAUCGUCUCAUGACGGAGCUGCUCUACUUCGAGUAUGACACCGGGUACGCGACCAAAACAUGGCCACUGUUGGAUAGGUUCGAUUGGCUGGCCAUGUGGAUCAGGGAUGCCUGUCUCUUCCAGUAUGUCGAACUGGUCGAUGUAUAUCGCUACAUGAACUUCUGGGUACAGACUUCGAUCGCGCAUUCAAAAGAUCGACCGCAAAAUUUGUUGAGAAUUAUGAACGUGGAGGAGAUUUCCGGUGGGUUGAUGAUCCUUGGGAUCGGCUACCUGUUGGCUGUGGCAGUGCUUUUGCUGGAGUUGGUUUUUGCGAGGUUCAAGCUGGCGAAGAUUUACAAGAGGCUGCGAUCGAAGUGGCAGAAAUCGAGUCAGUUGUUGGUCCAAGUCAUCGGUGGUACACAACAGAGCGACUCGCUCAGGUCCUUGGGUAGCGGUAUCGAUGGCAACAGGUCCACUUACUACCCAUCCGAGCACGGUACGUUGGAGAAUAGGCUGGUGUUCAAAAGGACCAGCAUUUACUGGGAUCUGUCCUUCCUGCAGAAGGCUGAAGAACAGCUGAGCACCGAUAACCAUAUCGAUCCUUUGCGGCGAAGCAAAAUCUGGGUCUGCCAAGACUACCUCAGGAGGGAGGUUCCAUUGCGAAAUGUCGAUUGCCCGAGAGGGCAGAUCGUUGGUGAUCUUGGAGAGGAUGCUGAACCUACGCAUUAUCUGUCUACGGCUUACAGUUUCUGCUUUGUGACCAACGGUACCAAUGAUGAAGGAUUCGUGGGAGUACAUUUCGAUAAGCCCUUUAUCAGCAUCGAUGUGGAGAAUGUCACUGAGUCCAUUCAAAUGGCAAAUCUCGAGCUAGGGUGCCAGGUUUACAUUCUAACCGAAAGCGCUGCCAUUGGGUUUCUGGACAGUUACCGAUACCUACAGGAUCACACGAAUCAACGCUUUUCGAAUAAGGCCUUCAUUGUCGUAAUGGGAAACGAUGUUGACUACAGUCGGCUUCAGGCUAUCCUCGAUCGUCCCAUCAUAUGUGAUAUCCCAAAAUUGUUAAUCCUCAGUCCAUCAUAUCUGCACGGAAACAUUGAACUUUGGACGAACAAGUUUUCCGGAAGAGACGGUCACAAACAGCUUGUGCAGUUGGAUACGUACAUCAUCGCAAAUCGUAGCUUUCAGUAUGACAACAGUCUAUUCCCAGACAAGAUCAAGGAUCUCGAAGGUCGCUUUGUUCGUGUGGCCAUGAUCAACUACGAACCGUACACAACGUGGAUCGAAGUGGAGGAUGAAUCGAGAGCCAAUGCCUACGAGGGCGAUGACAAAAAGCUUCGGGUAGACGGUACGGAAACUCGGAUCCUGCUGGAGUUUUGCCGCAUUCACAACUGCAGCUUGGACGUAGCGACUCAAGAAGCUGCGCAGUGGGGUGAAGUUUAUGAAAAUUUUACCGGCAUUGGGAUUAUGGGUGCGAUCGCUGAACAUCGCGUAGAUGUCGGUGUUGGGGCGAUGUUAGCUUGGUUCUACGAUUCGAACUCACCAACUCAGUCGUUAUCUCGGACCGGAGUGACCUGUAUUACUCCGAAGCAGAAAUUACUGCCAUCAUGGUUGACACCUAUUUUACCAUUUUCCAACCUUAUGUGGGUGGCUCUUAUUGUCACAGCAUUCAUCACUUCAAUAGUUCUUACAAUUUUUAACCAUUUGACAGUGAAUGUCAUCUUGAAUACAGACGAUACGGUGGACAUCUGCGAAGUGUUCACUUCCGUUGGAUCAUCGCUGAUCCUCUGUUCCAUCCUACGAAUCGAACAGUACAAACUUGGUUCACAGUUGACGAUCAUCACGAUUCUACUCUUUGCCGGUCUAAUAAUCGGGAAUACCUACUGUGGUGGUCUGUCCAGCAUUAUGACCGUCCCUCAAUAUGAGCAACCGAUCGACACUUCUGCUCAACUAGCCGCACGGGAAAUGAUUUGGGGAGCUUCACACGAUGCCUGGGUAUAUGCUUUCGAAGACUCGGACGAGGCCCUUAUAAUCAAGCUGGCAUCCAACUUCCGCACCAUGACCAAAACCGUCCUGCACGAACACGCCAAACGGGCCGAUAUGGCGUACGCUAUCGAACGUCUACCGUACGGGCACUAUGGAAUCUCCGACUACAUCGCGCUGGACGUGGCAAAAAACUUCCAAGUCAUGGUGGAAGAUCUGUACUGGGGCCACUGUGUCGCACAGGUCACCAAGACGUGGCCCAUGAAGGAGCACCUGAACGAGCUGAUUAUGCACAUCUUCCAGAGCGGUGUGCAGCGCUACUGGGAGGAACGGGUGCUAGCGCAGUUCCCCGAGGCGUACACCGUUCAGAAGAUAAUCGGACUGGCCAGAGUUCACGAUAACCCGGGAGCGAUUGCCCUGAAGGUGUACCACCUAGCGGGGCCAUUCUAUUUGCUGCUAUUUGGAUUGACAGGGGGUGUUUUAGCGUUUCUGUUGGAGCUGGCGCUGUACGGGGUUUUCAUGAAGAUCAAGAAGCAAUAG